AUGACGAUUGUCAGGACAAGGGUUCUCUUGCAAAACAAAUUGGGAAAGUCAGAAAAGACGAUCGGCUGUCGAACAAACCUCGUCUUAAGCCAGGUGGCGGAUGCCGGAAGGCUAUGCUUCCUGGAGAAAGUGGUCGACGAUUUAAGAACUGUCACUCAGUGGUCAUCGAAUAGCUGCAAACGAGUAGCAUCGGCCGGAUACGUCGCGGUGUUGUACAAUUUCAUAGCCGAAUCAAACCGAAGCGUUGCGACAUCACUGGUUCUGAACUCAGUCAUUCAGGUGCUGAUCAACCUCGCCAAGUUCCACGAAACCCGUCCUGACGUGAUCGAUUUCCCGCAGUGGUUGAAGAUUCUGGUAGAAACCAUGCUUCAUUUUCAAAAUUACCAACAGUUUGUAAUGGUGAAGGUGACUGUUUUGUUGCUGAUCGUGGCAGACAUGCCUCGUGCCCGUGAGGAAAUGCGACAAUCCUCAUUCCUCAUACGCAAGCUGAAGCAUGCAGCGCAAAGACUUCAAAAGCGUGAAGGCGCAAGAAGCCAAAGACAGUCUCUUGGCGAUCGAGCUGUUGCCGUGAGUUCGCCUUCUCAACCCCUGCAUCAGUCAGAAAGGUACACGCCAGAUUGGAUGCUGAAAACCCGUAAACCCGUCGAAACGUUCACACCCUUACAGGGUCUGUUAAAGCUGUUCGCCUGCUACGGCAUAGAUCAUGCUUCUCCGUCUCGUUACUAA